CCAGUGAACUUUCUCGUUAUAAGGAAAGAACAACUUUAACCUAGUUUAGUCUACCCCCUCUAAUCCUGCACCGAAUAAGUUUCGCCAAACAUAAUCUACUAAUUUCUUGUGCCGGAUUUCAAAGUCCGGUCAGAAGUGAAGACUUGGUAAAGCUUCAACGUUGUUGAAUGAAUCUCAGUUAGCCGAACAAGACCGGCCUCCAGAUCUUCCUUGUUUCAACCUUUCUGGCAACCUUUUACCUUUUCUUCUCCUCUAUUUCUGCUCUGUCCUUCACGUUUCUGGCGCAUUGAUUCGGAUUUUCGUCUUGUACCAUCAUCACCAAUGGCAUCAGUCAAACGAGAAGCUUUAGAAGCAUCAUUUCUGGCGCUAUACGAUGCCAUUAAGGAAGUGAAUGACCAUCAUUUGAUGUUUAAAGCACUUGUAGAUAUCAGAUCCACACUAGACUGUAUAAAACCACUGAUCAAAGAGACAGCAGAGGAUAAAAAGGAAUCAGAUUUUCCAGAUGAUGAACUACAUCAUUUUAGAUUACAAAUGGAGGAGGGGAUUGAGCUCAUUCAGAAGUGCUCUAAGGUUGUUCCAUUGAGUACUUCCGACACAAACAAACUAGGUCAUCUGUGCAAAUCUCUGCAAAGACUCUUGGAUAUACUGAAAGUACGUAGCAUAAGAGAUGUAAAAAAAACCUUGGUUAUGGUAAAGAAUAUAGAGACUAAGGUCCAGCAAAUUGAUUUGAAUUUUGGGGUACAAAGUAGUUCAUCUGAAGGUAUUAAAGGCUGGUGUGCAAUACCUGAACCUCCACCACUUGUAGUUGGAUUGGAGGGGCCUUUGAAAGAAUUGAAGAUGAAGCUUUUCAGUGAUAAGAUAUCAAUGCUUGUGGUCACUGCUCCUGGAGGAUGUGGCAAAACUACAUUGGCAAUAAAGUUUUGUCAAGACGGAGAAGUCAGAGAUAAAUUCAAGAACAAUAUCUUCUUUGUAACUGUUUCCAAGAAGCCCAACUUAAAUCUUAUUGUAGAAGAGCUAUAUCAAAGCAAGAGUUCCCAGGUACCCGAUUUCCCAAAUGAAGUAACUGCAGUUGAUUGGCUGCACAAGUUUCUAAACCAAACAGAACAAAAUCCAUUGCUGUUGGUUUUGGAUGAUGUUUGGUCUGAAUCCGAAUCCCUUCUUGAGAUGUUUGAUGAAUGGAAAAUGCCAAAUUGCAAGGUCUUAGUGACAUCAAGGUUUGCAUUUCCACGAUUUGGUUCCCCAUAUAAUUUGGAUUCAUUGAGUGAUGAAGAAGCAAUGGCUCUAUUUAAUCAUUCAGCAUACUUGGAAAAUAUCAGCUCUCAUGUUCCAGAAGACCUUGCUAGACAGGUAGUAAAACAUUGCAAGGGAUUUCCACUUGCGAUUACAGUGGUUGGGAGAUCACUUUGUGGGCAGCCUAUAGAGAUCUGGAAAAAAAGAUUAAGUGAAUGGAGUAAAGGUUCAUCUAUUCUUGAUUCGGAUCAUGAUCUGCUUACUUGCCUCCAAAGCAGCUUAGAUGCCUUGGAGAAACAAAGUAUUACCAUCAAGGAAUGUUUCCUAGACCUUGGUUCAUUUCCUGAAGACCAAAGAAUACCUGCUACUAUCCUCAUUGAUAUAUGGGGAGAGUCACAUAAAUUAGAUGUUGACUGGCUUUGCAUUGCGAACCUCUAUGAACUCACCAAUCGGAAUCUGGCUAAUCUUAUAGUCACAAGGAAGGACCCCAGGGAGGUAGAUGGCUAUUACACUGAACAUUUUGUUACCCUUCAUGACAUUCUUAGAGAAUUGGCAAUCUAUCAAUCUAGUGUGGAAUCAGUAGAACAGAGGAAAAGGCUGAUAAUAGAUAUUUCUGGAGACAAUUUUCCUGAGUGGUGGACAGAACAGAAGUGUCAACCUAUCAAUGCUCACCUGUUGUCUAUCUCAACAGAUGGGGACUUCAAAUCUAAAUGGCCGAACAUGCAACUACCGCAAGCCAAGGUUCUAAUUCUGAACUUUCAGUCAAAGAAAUAUGCCUUACCCAAAUUUGUGGAGAAAAUGGUCAAAUUAAAGGUUCUGAUAAUCACAAAAUAUGGUCUUUUGCCUGCUGAAUUAGAAAAUUUUCCAUUACUUGGGUCACUUCUACAUCUAAAGAGAAUCAGAUUUGAACGAAUCUCAAUACCUUCCAUAAGUAAAAGCCCCGUAUUAUUGGAAAGUUUAGAAAAGAUAUCAUUAUUUAUGUGCAAAAUUGGUCAAGCUUUUAGCAACUGUUCCGUCAGACUCGUAGAUCUAUUGCCAAAUGUAGUGGAAAUGAACAUUGAUUACUGCAGUGAUUUGGUGGAAUUGCCUGCAAUGCUAUGUGAACUGAUUUCCUUGAAAAAGCUCAGUAUCACCAAUUCUCAUAAGCUGUCUGCCUUACCUGAAGAAAUAGGAAAAUUGGUUAACUUGGUAGUGCUAAGGCUUAGGUCCUGUACAGACUUGACAGAGUUACCAGACUCAACUCAGAGCCUCAUAAACUUAACCUCUCUUGACAUCUCUGAUUGCUUCAGUAUCAAGGAUUUGCCUCAACAUAUAGGUGGAAUGCGCAGCUUAGAAACACUCAACAUGAGACAAUGCUCAAGACUCCAAGAGCUGCCUGCAUCAGUUGUGGAUCUUGAACAGUUAAGGGAGGUGAUAUGUGAUGAAGAGACUAGUGUUUUAUGGGAACCCUUCUUAUCUGUUCUGAAAGACAUACACGUAAGGUUGGUCAAAGACGAUAUGAAUCUGAAUUGGCUGCACAAGUUUCCAACUUGAGAAGUAACUGUUGGAGCGAGCCGAUCAAAACGAGAUCACUCAGGCGCCCCACAAGGCUGAUCCUGGUGUUAUAAUCUAUGAUACCUCCCUUCAAAAAAAAUUCUAUGAUACCUAUUGUUAUUUAUUGUUGUAACUUGUAUAUUUCUUUGUAAUAAAUUGUCUAGUAAACCUUGUAUUAUUAUGUGGCUACUGGUUAUGAAGCAGUAUGUAUUUGAAGCUAUGUUGGUGAAUAAUGGCGUGAGGGCCAAGCCUCCCGGUCUAACCGGGUUCCAGCCCUCAAAAAAAAAAAGUUUAAUUGGAUUGUACACAUGU